GUUAACCGGGUGUCGUUGUGCGACCAGAGCCGCGCCGGUUCUGCCCUCUCCCUCUUUCUUUCCCGAAGUAGACUGUUCUUCGUCGUCGUCUCUCAACGCUGUUCGACGCGCCUCUCUAUCGCACCUCUUCGCGACGAGUACGUACAGUGUUUGUCACCGUGAGGGACCAUGAAGUAUCUCGGUAGCAUGGACUUGAGCAUCGGGCUUCUCUUCCUGGCAUGCGUCCAUACAGCGAUGUGCGCCAACGUCACCACGGAUCCAUCCAACUACUUUUCCAAUAUCAACGGUAAUCUCACCAAGAUCGUCUGGGCACAUGCCGUGAACAGCAAGGCUGAGCUGAGCAAGGCGCUCGCAUCAGACUCCGUCAUGAUGCUGGAAGCUGACGUGGUGCUGGGAAAAUGGAAUUCCAGCGAAAACCAAAACGUUAACGAGACGAUACCGGUAAUGGCGCAUCCACCAGCGACCGAGAGCGAUCUGUCGCUGGAGAAAUUCGUGAGCGGCGUCAACGAGAAGAACGCCACCAAGGGCGUGAAGCUCGACUUCAAGAGCAUCGAGGCCUUCAACGCGAGCAAGUCUAUCUUGGAUAAACUUCUCCAUGACCUCAAAUUCCCCGUCUUUCUCAACGCGGAUAUCCUCGCCGGACCAGUGAACGCGACAGCUACGCCUGUCGACGCAAAGGCGUUCUUAGCUCUAGCCAAACCGUACCGUAAUUGUACGGUGUCCGUUGGAUGGACUACCAGGUACGGUACCAAAGACAACGUCACCGAGGGCGGGUACACGGAGGAGCAGAUCAAGAAGAUGAUCGACACGCUGAAAGAGCAGAACGUUACCCAGCCGAUAACUUAUCCUGUGAGAGCCGGUCUAGCCGCGAACGAUAUCAGCGUGAUCAAGUCUCUGAUGGAGAAGAGCUCCGACAUGAAGAACGUAACCCUGACCGUGUGGUCGAGCGAGGGCGACAAGGUUGACGCUGCGAAGCUGUCGACGUUGAUCAAAGAUAUCGGCGUGACGAAGGUGUACGUGGACGUGCCAGAAGACCUGAUGAAGAGCCUCCAGUUGUCCGGAUCGUCGUCUGGCGUGAGCGUCGCCUCGAUCACUCUCGUCGCGUCCCUCGUCGCCGUUCUUCUCUCAACGAUAUUGUGAACACCUUAUCGCCACGGAGUUUUCGUCGCUUUUCGCGUACACUCGAGAGAUUUCCCUGGGACUUCUCUCGACCGUGGGAAAUGAGCGAGGCUGAUGUUUUCAACGGGGUGGGGUAGGGGGGUAAUAUGGGUAUCGAAUCGCGAUCGAAGGGUUCUAAAUCAAAAUGAAACAAAGGAAAAAGAAAAUUAUUAAAAAAAUACCAAAAAAAAACAGAAGCAUUAUCGAAUAUGUAACAGAAGCCGGUUGUCGUCUGGAACACGGGCGUUGCCCGCGCGACACUCUACACGUUUUCGAUCGUGAAUAAUGUACUUUUUUUAGCCUGUAAGCUUAUUCGCAAACGUUUUUUCUAAGUAUUUUAAGGGAGCUUUCUUAGGGUGAUUGUGGCGAGAGAACAAACCCUCUUGCUUUAUCGUGCACACCAUCGACGGUGUAUUUUCAUUCUUCUUAUUUCUCUCCCUCCUUCUUUUCUACCAAAGAUGGCUGUUUCUUUGAUCGUCACAUCUCGGCACCUUUUGUAGAUUUCUAUGCUCGAUUGCGACGUGAUGAGAGAAAAACCGACGUCUCGAUUCUCCACACGGACAUAGGAAUAAUAAGAUAGAGUAAGGAUAUAACAGUACCAGCAGGAAAACGUUUACACUGGCUCAGUCUAAUGUUGAUGAAAUUUAUAAGCUGACGUUUUAGCAAAAGAGAUUGGUGAAAUUUCCGAACGUGUCGUUUCAAAUACAUUUUGCAAUCGGUGUCUCGUGAUAGGGGAAGAAAAAAGGGAUUUUAAUCGAAACAUCUCUGGCGCACGUAUCACACACAGACACAACAAACAUACAUACAUACAUACAUACAGAGGCACGAACACAGAAAAGCACACGCGCACACGUUUUUGCACCUUUUGAGACGCGCUGAAUUUUUUUUUUCUACAUCGCUGGCGCGUCCAAUAUUGGCGAGACUUACUCUCGUAGCGUGUUAUAUCGUACCCCUUUAGUGUUCACCGACGUAUCUCCUGUACCUGUCUUUCAACAUAUCUCAGACAUAGGUGCAGACAAAACGGUAUUAGACUCUGCAUAAGCUGUAACGUGUAUAUCUAUAAGCCAAAGGAUUAUGAAUGCGUAAUUACGGUGCCGGCGCACCGCGUUUGAUAACGAAACAAAUAAAACU